AUGUACAGACGGGCCGACUGCCACAGCUCGAAUACCAAAGAUAAGUUUUUAGAAGACAGACAUACAACCAUCUUCAAUGUUAUACUCGACUUGUCAUUGGAGAUCGUGGCGGAGGUUGUUUGCUCAAAGCAGUUUUGCAUGCUUGUGUUUAACCCGUACUCUACAUUGAAAAUUGCAAGCCGAGCUCUACUUCCGCACAAAAGAAGAGGAACAAUCAGGAACUUCACCGAAGUGAAAGUGUUGCUGCGGGAAGACGCGUUCAACAGGACAAUUCGAAUACCUUCCAUUUGUGGCUUCGUCCAGCUGCAAUCAAACUCGCAUUAUUUUCCUGGCUCUCUCGAACACACGCCGUAUCUAGCAUCCAAAAACCACACUCCCGUCACGCUGGCGAGCCAAAGUCAUUCGGGCCGCCGCGCGCGAGCUUGGCAGAGGCGUGCCACACCAACUCUACAUAACAUCUCUGAACUCCGACUUCCUUUGGGUACUCAAGCAGACCAUCUGCUUCUGCACUCUUCCAAACCAAAGCAGGCAUACAACCACAUCAAUGUAGUUAGAGCAGAAGACAUUGAAGGCGCAAGGAUAGAACAACCCGAUCACGAGCCUUACGUCUCAUCCACACCUGGACCCUCACCCAAGUCUUCAGGCAGAAGUCUGAGCUCUAGCGAGGCUAGUAGAAUGUCUGUCCUAGACUCCGGUUCUGAGGAUCAGCGACGUCUCGCCGAGUUGGCAACAGCCAGACUUGAGAGACAGAGCAGAAGAAUCAUUGAUAAUGAUCCCACCAUCCCCAUCAGCAAGAUCGUAAACCCACAGAUAGCACGAAACCAUGCCUCUCAACAAUACUGGCCGACUUUUGAUCAUCCAGAGUCCAGUGAUGGCGAUUCAGCUUCAAUGAGUCUCCCAUCUAGAACUGACAAUAGGCAGCGAUCCAGGAGAGAAUGUCCUCUGGACGCCCAUGCAAAGGUCUUUUUACCCAGCUCGCGUGAGAGCUCUCUAUCCCGCAGUCAUGAGGUCCCUCGACAAGAAUCUGUUCAACUUAGCCUGGACGAUGGAGACUUCCAGCUCGUCACCAGCAAGAAGACCAAGCCUUCCUCCAGAUCUGUUGGUCUCAACGCCCAUGAGGUCAAAGUGGAUGACAAGCCGUCGACCAUUGCUGCUCCUUUCGACAGACACGAGAUCAACGAGGUCUUCGGAAACGAUCUUCCUCCUCUUUCCUACUUCCAGAGCAAUGUUGGACACGAACAUGGCCAAGUCGGAUUUGCUAUGCAUCCUAAUGGGGACAUCUCGGCACAGCAGUGGUCACAGAACGACUACCAGUGGUAUAACAUUGGUCAGUUCUCGAAUGUUCGCAGACGCACCGAAGGUACUUUGGCCUCCCAUCGAUUGUACGGUGAGAACGAGUCACAUUGUCUUCUUCGACAUACUCUGUGUUACUUCCGAGCAGUCUCUAAGCAGCAUGAGGCAUCGGCUAUGAACAUACCGUUUGGACUGAAAGAGUUACAGGCUGCAAUGCCCAAAGUCCCUAUCAGCCGCCCUUCACGUAAAGUUGCAGUGGCCGCUUCUAUCGUCGAGACACAGACUAAAUCAGAGUCGCUGUCGCGUCUCAGCGAGAACAAGCAACGGCCUGGGAAAUCGUCACUCGCACCGGAUUGCCAACCUUGGAUCCCUAGCUACGCUACCCGUAUCCGCAGCAACGACAAGCUACCCAUCACUCCCGACGCAUCUGCGUCGACCAAUUUUCCUUUCGAGCGUGACUUCUUGUCUUCUGCUGUAGACGACAACAUCACAUCGACCGGGGCAUACGACUAUUGGUCCCACGGUCUCACGCCUCUCAACAACCUCUCGUUUGGGACUUUCUCUUCGAGCGGAAACAGCGACUCCGUUGGCGACGCAUUACAAUUUCCCACUUUUGAGCAGUCUGCCCCAGACUACUCUAGCAUAAACGAGCACAGUCGUUAUCUAAACUCGUUCCUACCAAAGAGCGCGCCGCAAACAAUUGUGUCACAACUGCACUCGACGAUAGCAACUUCAGACUUCCCCAGCUUCCUCGAGAAGGCACAACCGCAAGUCGCUUCAUCAGACCGAUCAACCGCACCAAUGCCGCGCCAUGUCUCGAAGGCGAGUCUGGACAAGAUCUUUGAUACCGCUGCAGCUCGCAACGCACCUACUGCCACCGGCACUCGGACUGUGCUUCAUGAUCCUUUCCAGAUCCAGCCUCCUCAGAUCGCGCACACUGCACCUAGCGUGCCUAUGAUGCCACCUUAUGGCUCGGGCAUGAAGCACACUGACCCCUUGUGGUCAAGUAUUCCGAUCGGCGAAACACCCGCGGGAUACAUUCGUCAAGCAUCGUCUCACACAAGUAAUGACGACGACGAGGUCUUUGACCCUCUUGACAGUGUUCCUGACUACACUCCCCAGUCGAAGACCAUGGAAACUAUCACCAUCAAUCUCCCAUACAUGACGACUGAAGAGCUCGCAAUGUACUCAAGACCGAGUCCCCAGAACUUCAAUGGCCCCUUCUUCAUGGGAAGUCCUGACGAUCCAAACGAUACCAGCAGAGAGAGUCGUGAUCAGGAACUUCACAACUGGUUCUUUGGCGGACUCAAGACCGUGGAACGUCAAAACGAGCACUUCCAUUCUAUCAAGGCAGCACACGACCAGGCACCUGUAGGUGCUCACAAGCCAAAGCCUGGACUCAUCGGAAGCCCCUCGUUCUCUGCACACAAUGGCAAGCGUCAAGAGCCUAUCGGUACUUCUUCCUUCCCUACCAUGAACGGCGAGCGUCAAGAGCCUAUCGGUACUUCUUCCUUCCCUACCAUGAACGGCAAGCGUCAAGAACCCAUUGGAAGUCCUCCCGCGCCUUCGGUCAACGGUACACGCGAAGAGUCAGAACCCUUCAAUGAAGUCACGACACGCCUGUUUAUUUCUGCGCACGAGAGUCUCUCGCAGUAUACUCAAGGCCCUAUCGAACAGCGCCGCGGUUACCUCGCUCCCUUUGGCGAUCCUCCUGAAUGGUGUGUUGACAAGAGUGCAAGCGGUACUAACAGCUUCUUCAGCGAGGACUGGGGUCAGCCCCCCGAGCGCAUCAGCAGGGACUCGCGUUACAGACCCCUCCCUUCUGAGAACAACUCAGGUGCCUAUGAUGGACAUCGUGGAGCCGGCGUCGGUGGAACGCACUCUGCUUCGAACGGAAAGCCCAGAUACAAUUCGAGUCUAAAGUGGUGA